UCAGGAUGACUCGUGCUUGUAUCACGAUUCCAGAAAGUCUGAGAACGUUCGAUAAUCAAUUUCCUCUUAAACGCAAGAAGAAAAACUACAAUAAAACGAUUGGCAUAAUCUAAAUGUACCUAUAUUGACUAAGUACUCUUUCCGAACUCUCGGAAAAAAAAAAUUCUAUUCAUUGCUAAAGCUCGUUAAUCCCGCUCCAGAAAAAUACGUAAGAGAAUUCCAUUAUCAAAGCGCAUUAGCCUGCUUAACACAUUCCCAUUGCGUAACGUAAUUACCGUACGAUAAUAUUCCCAGAACUCAAGGAGAAUUAUUCACCAACGCUCAUGCGGAAUUAAUUAUUUGCCCACAUGUCCACAUGUGGGAAAAAUGUACGUUGAUAUUGAUUAAUUUUCAUCGACAUCUGGUCCAUUGUCUAAAUAUGAAUUGAUAAUCGUGGCAACAAGGCCGUUGUCGAAAUUCGUGACAAUGCGUUUCCAUUACUCACGAUUGACUUCAUCGUCAACAAUAAACCGAUCAAUUUUAAUCCCGCGUGAUAUUUGUGACAUGAUAAUAACAUUUCGCGUGAUUAUCCGCUUCAUUGUCUUCCGGGUAAAAUUGUUAACUGAUCCAACAUCCGUGUAUAAAAAUUGUCCCGAUGAAUCCGAUCAGCCAAAACCCCGAUAUCGUUGCAACUUCCUGCAAUUAUCUCUGAUAAUUCGUACCAAAAGCUCUCGUGAAACUCGGACAAAAUUUCAGGUGCGGGGUGUUUCCGAAUUUUCUUUUUAAACAAAAGCAUAGGAAACAAAGGAAAUCGACCGUUUACAACCAGAUCCUCAAGAGAAGAGUCCAUGAAAACUAUUUCUCCAUGGCAAGAUCCAAUUCAUGCGUCGUGGAACAUUUAAAUUCAGGGUCUCUUGUCACUGGAAUUCUCAAAAUAGAAAUCCUCUUUAGAAAUAAAAAAGGAAAAGUGAAAUCUUUGGAACAGGCUGAUUAGCGGUAUGGGGCACUUUCCAAUUUGCAUAAUCGAAGAUCAAUCGCCGUUUUAUUUAAUCCGAUUAGGGCAGAUCUUAGCCAUCAAAAUCGAUUGUUAACACCUGCGGCAAUAUUAUGUGUCAUAUACCUGCAACGCUCUUAUCACGCAUCAAGCCUUCGCUAUCUAGAUUCAACAUUUCGCAAUCGCUCAGAUCGACUGAUCUUGAAACGCACAGUCCUUCGGGUUUAUUCUUCGGCAACUGUACAAAUGCUCGCGCUUUGUUUUGGAUGUCCCAAGAUCUCUUGAAACGAAAUAAAAACUCUCGCGAGACUAAUCCGAGGCAGUUUCGUUGGAAAGCACUCGAGAUGCGCGGAUUACUGUUGGCGGUUUUAGCGGCCUUCGCAGCCGUGGCUGCAGGCGAGAAGAAGAUAGUCUGCUACUACGGCAGCUGGGCGGUUUACCGGCCCGGCAAUGGGAAAUUCGACAUCUCGUACAUCGACCCGACCCUGUGCACGCACAUGAUCUACACCUUCGUCGGAAUCUCCGAGCAAGGAGAGGUGAAGAUCCUGGACGCAUGGAACGACCUUCCAAACGACUACGGAAAGGACGGCUUCGGUAAGUUCAACAGGCUGAAGCAGUUGAGUCCAACGACGAAGACCCUGGUGGCCAUCGGAGGAUGGAACGAAGGAUCCAUAAAGUAUUCGGCGGUGAUGAAGAACCCGAGCCUGAGGUCGACCUUCGUGAACAACGUGGUGAACUUCGUCGAGAAGUACGGCUUCGACGGCUUCGACGUCGACUGGGAAUACCCCGCCCAGAGAGGAGGAUCCGCAGAAGACGUGCAGAACUUCGUCCAGCUCCUGAAGGAGCUGAAGGCCCGACUCGCCCCCAAAGGACUCUUGCUAAGUGCCGCAGUCGGAGCCGCCGAGUCCUCGGCAUCCCAGUCCUACGACAUCAAGGCUAUUUCCCAGCACCUCGACUUCAUCAACCUUAUGACCUACGACCUGCACGGCUCCUGGGAGAAGACAAUAGGCAUCAACGCCCCGUUGAAGCCGAGGUCCGACGAGCAUGGCUUCCAGAGGUCCCUGAACGUCGAAGCUGCGGUCAACUACUGGCUGAGCCAGGGAGCAGACCCUCAGAAACUGAUCCUUGGAACCCCGCUUUACGGAAGAAGCUUCACCCUCGGCGACCCCAACAGAGUCACUCCAGGAUCCCCCGCGAGAGGACCAGGAGAUCGUGGAAUAUACACCAAAGAAGCUGGCAUGUUAGGUUACAACGAGAUCUGCGAGUUGCUGCCCAGCUGGACCAGCCAGUGGGACGAGGAGCAACAGGUGCCAUACGCCUACAGCGGCGACCAGUGGGUCGGAUACGACAACGUGAGAUCCAUCGAGCUGAAGGCCAAAUUCGUGCUGGAGAAGAACCUGGGAGGAGCCAUGCUGUGGAGCAUAGACACCGACGACUUCCUUGGCAAGUGCGGUACCCAGUACCCCUUGCUGAAGGCCUUGAACCACGUGCUUCGAAAUGGCCCUGCGGUGCCAGUUGAGCCCAACCCACCAGCGAGUCCUGUGACGAACAAGCCUCAAUAUACCAGCACUCAGCCCAGCUACCCCAGCAACCCUGGCAAACCACCAGGCUCUUCGACCGGAGGUCUCUGCUCGGCCCAAGGAUAUGUCCGAGACCCGGUCGACUGCAGUAAAUUCUACUACUGCAACUUCGCGGGAGAGCAGCAGCCUGCCGAAUUCCGGUGCCCCGGCGAGUUGGCCUUUGACCCAGCCCAGAACGUCUGCAACUACGCUGACCAGGUCCAAUGCUAGGUCCUUCGAAUCCCGAUGGAAGUUCUGAUGAAGUGAUGACGGAGAUCGACCGGAUACGCAGCUUGAGGAGCUUGGAGAACGGGGAUGUCUUGGAAACGGAGAGCUCGAGCGGUUUGCGGAUUCUUCGUGGACGGCGACGCGUCGAGCGAUGACACCGAUGUCUGAUUUUGUACCCGAAGAGACUGAUUCCUAAAGCUGCUGUCCACCUUAGACGAGAUUAGAUCCAGCGGGAACACUGGUCGAGUAUUUCCCUGGAUCCUCCCAAUGGUCCGAGGCAUCGGCAGAAUCUUGGCUUAUUGCUAAUUCUUGCUUUAACGUCUAUCGAAUGGCUCCCUGAAGGCGAAGCCUCGUGUACCAAUGCUCUUGGACGUACUCGAAUAAAUACUUGUUAUAUUUAGAAACUGG